UCGUGAUACAUCGGCUAUCUCGGAUUCCUCCGUAAGAUUGAUUUAUGAAAUAAAUCGUCUGCUGAUCCAGAGUGUCAAAGUACGCUCAUGUGAGUGAUCACGUGCAGAUUACAAAAUGGCGUACGCAAUACAGUUGCUGGCUGUUAGUGUACUGGCAUCAGCUCUAGUCUAUGUGGUUGUAAGCCUAGAUAAUGGCCUGGCUCUCACACCACCAAUGGGUUGGCUGUCCUGGGAGAGAUACAGGUGUAAUACUGACUGUAAAACGGACCCAGAUAUCUGCAUCGGUGAGAAACUCUACAUGGACAUGGCUGACCUGCGGUCAGAGGGUUACAAGGACGUGGGCUAUGAGUAUGUGAAUAUUGACGACUGCUGGAUGGCACGACAGAGAGAUGCUAACGGGGCACUAAUGCCUGAUCCUGACAGGUUCCCUAGGCGGGAUAAAGGCACUGGCAGAUUAUGUAUGUACAUGCCAAAGGCCCUGAAGCUGGGUAUCUAUGAGGAUUUUGGAACAAUGACCUGGGGGAUACCGGGUAGCAAGUUCUACAUGCAGAAGGACGCUGAAACCUUUGCCUCCUGGGGCAUUGACAUGUUGAAACUGGACGGAUGUUACACAGACACUGGAGAUAUGGAAUUUGGUACUUAAGCUAGGUGAUGACAC